AUGUCCGACUCCCAGCAGACCGAGGCGCCAAAGCCUCAGCAAUCCGUAUUGAAAAAGCGUGAAACACCAGAAUCCGUGCAAGCAGCCCAUGACGAGCUUGAAGAAGUCGCCCAAGAGUACAACAAAGCCGUCCAAGCCGGAAACAAGGAGCUAGCAACCGAGCUUCGUACCAAGCUGAACAGCUUGCGAGACAAGGCUCACGCAGGAGAUCAUCUGGGAAGCAAGCUGCAAUGGGGCGAUAUAUACGAGAUGUGGAUCGAAAUCCACAACAACACCUCAAGAUGACUGCGCGGCGCAGGCGGCUGGCAAGUGAAUUUCGGCUGGUUCGAGUCCGCCGCCGUGGGAGACAUUGAGCCCGGCGGCGUGUGCUACAUUCACAUGGGUGGAGGCGCCAUGUACGGAAUCGACUGUGUUGCGUACUUUCGUUUGGACGGAGAGUCUAGCAAUUCGUGGUUCCAGUGGUGGUUUGGCCCGUAUGACCCGUAUGAGGAGCUUGUUGAGAUGUGGUCUCCGUCACCGUAUUCCAGAUCUCUUGACGGGGACAAGAAUAUCGGAUAUUUCUAUGUAAACGAGUGAGCUAGAACCGAUAUUUAUCUUGUCAAUAUACUCUGAAAUCUGUUAUUGUAUCGAAAAGCUUGUCUCGUGUGACCGUCUUGGAAAUCUGUCCCUCACCUCUCCCCUCAUCAUCCCAUCCACAUAGCACUCGCCGACUAGAGUGUAGUUUCCAUUUGCACAUGGCCUCAAAACAUAAGGUACUCUCCCUCCGUUGAAG